GUUAAAUAAACUGAGUGUAGAGCCGGGGUGAGGGUGAACUGGUGUAAAGGUUAUCUUACUGGGGGAUCUCUCUGUUAUCUUUAUGGCUGUGGAGACGCAGGUAGCGGCGUGGUAAAUCAGGCGAGCUGGAACCCGGUGUGUGUUUGUUCCGGUGUUUCUCGGCGAGCUGCGUGAACUUUCACCAGAUUUGGAGCUGCGGUAAAACUCAGCGCUGAGAGAAACACUGGGUUAAACCGAACAUGGAGCUGUAGGAGAACUUUACACACCAGCUAACUAAAUAACCACCAGUCUGCUGCUCCUGGAUCAGUUUAUACUGCCAGCGAGACGGGAAUGAACACACCCCUUUACUAACUUUUACACAGCUAGCUUAGGUUAGCUAUUCUGAUUCAACUGAGCAGAGCUUUAACCUCCUCUGUUCAAUAACCGAGACCACCAGCUCCUGACCCGACUAAAGCUAGUAACGUUACACUCACUGACUGAACCUCUCGAGACAUGGAGUCCUUCAUCACAUUCACCAACCAGAGCCAGGGAAGAGACCGGAUCUUCAGGGCUACCCAGUAUGCCUGUGUGCUGGUAAAGUACCUGCUCCGCAAAGAUUCAACUAGAAAAGAGCUGCUGCAGAAACUGCGGAGUCUGGAGUCAAAUAUGAGCUCCGGACGGAAGCUUUUCAGGCUUGGCAAUACCGUGAACUCCAUCGAUGCAGCCAAGAAAACUCUCUACCUGUCUGACCCUGUGUUGCGUCUUUGCCUCACCGUGGCCAACAUUAACCGCGCCCUUUAUUUCAUCUGUGACAAUGUUCUCUGGGCCAGGAGUCUCGGCUUCCUCAAAGGUAUCGAUAAGGAGCGCUGGAACCUCAAUGCCAACCGGUAUUACUUCUUUUCUUUAGUGAUGAAUCUUACUAGGGAUGUGUAUGUGAUCGCCCAGCUGAUGGUGCAGAGGUCUCGGGAGAGGCAGUUUCAGCAGAAAGUCAACCAGCACCUCAACGAGAGCCCUGACGUGGCUUGUGUCAUUAUUCCACAGCUUGAUGCGUUUCUGUUUCUGUUAAUUGAAAGUCUCAAAAAUCACCCAGCUGUAGCACUCGACACGAUCAAGAACGCGUGUGAUCUUUUCAUUCCGCUUGACAAGCUGGGAAUUUAUCAGACAAAUGCAGGAGUCGUAGGGAUGUGUGGACUUGUCUCUUCUCUAAUAGGUAUACUCUCAGUCCUGAAGACCAGUUUAAAAAUGAAACCUUAAGGUGAGGAGAGAAAUGAGACUGAAUUAAAGAUUCAGUGUGAGAGUUCUGUUAAUAGAGAAAUUAGAAUCUAGCUGUCAGAAUCAUGAAUAAUGAAAGUUUGAUUUAUAGUUGGAGGAAAAUAGCUUUAAGGUACAUCACAUAUGAACAGAUUAUAUAUGUGUUAAAUAGGUGUGCUCUCUUGUUUACAGGGAAUUAUUUCAUGCAAUAUUUCUGUUCUUCAAAAGAUUAGGAUUAUUGAUUAAGUUUUGAGAGAAGUGUGAAUAAUGUGAAAUGGGCUAUUGUAGCAAAACAGCAGUGGUGGAUAGAAACCAAGAGUUUACAUUAUAGUGCAGAUAAUAAUGUUCUUUUACUAUGCAAACCACUAGUGAAUCUGCACAAGGUCUUUUUAUAUAUAAAAUACAAAAUAGUGAUGAUUCUUAGCUGUUCAUCUUGACUGGAUUUUAAUAAUACACUUUAUACUAGAGCUGGACAAUAUGGCGAAAAUGUAUGUCAUACAUAUACUGUAGUUCUGAUAUUGAUAUUAUUAUUGAGUCUGGGCAAUAUUAAUAAAUAUUAUAUAUAGCAUAAUAUUUAUCAAACGUUUUAACGAAAGCAAAAUGCACCACAAGUAUCACAUUUUUAAAAACUGUCAUUUAAAUUCUUGUUCAUGCAUAUUACAGUGACUUUUGAUGACUUUGUCCAGUUCAACAGGAUUUUAGAUAUCCUUGAUUUGCUCAUUAAAGCAUAUUUUCAAUACACUAAGGAAAUUUAUUACGAUACAAAAAUAAAUAUUGUCAUAUUGCCCAGUGCUUGGAUGAAAACUUCUCAUAAAAUAUGUCAUAAACAGUAGCUGCGUUCCAAAGUGUAGGUAGAACGGGUCCUUUCGUCGAACGGGUCCUUUCGGCGAACGGGUCCUCAGUAGAACGGGUCCUCAGUAGGAUUGUCCUAUUAAGACUAACCUGUUGGUCACACGUUUGGAACAGUCUAAUGAGACGUCAUGGUGGCAUUACGCACAAAAGUCAUGUGAUUACACUAGGGUUCACAUGCCUUUUCAUUUCUUCACUGAUAUAUAAAUAAAAUAUAAUUAAAAUACAGUAAAAUUAACUCAAUAUUUGCACCAGAAUCUUUGGUUUCCCACAUUUUUGCCCAGUUUUCUCCAAAAAUGAACGAGUGCAG